GCAUCCUCUCCCGACGCUGGAGGACCAGCUCGCUGGUCGAUUUUAUUCGGAAUUAUCGAUGGCUAGGGGAGGCAAGGUUAGUUACAAACGCAACCCGAGAAACAAAGCCCGAUUGGAGAAACAAGGUUCAGAUGAGUCUGAUGAAGAUUAUAGGGUGGACGAAGAUGAAGAGAUUCAUUUGUCUGAAGAUGACUAUUGUUCUUCUCUUGCCGAGGAUGAAUCGGAUGGGAGUUUUGGGAAAUCUGAUGAUGAGGAAGAAGAGUGGAUAGAAAAGAAGGAUAAGACUAAAAAGACUGCCAUGCCAAGAAGGCAAAAAAAGUUUCAGACAAGAAAGAAAAAUAUGGUUGUGAAGUCUAGAAAGAAACAGGUAACCGACAGUGAAGAGGAAGAGGAAUAUGACGAUUAUUGUGUUUCUGGGUUGAGGCAACAAAACAAAAAUAAAGUCUCUCAUGAAGAAGAGGAUUACGAUGAUGAUAGUGAAGUUUUUUGUCGACAAGAUGAGGAUGUCUUUGUUGAUGAGAACCCAAGAAAGAAAUCCCGAGUUUCUAAAACUGAGAUACAUGAGGAUCCUAAAGAAAAAGAUAAACUUGCAUUUACCGAAGAAGAAGAUGAUGAUGAUGAUGAUGAUGAUGAAGAUUAUAAUGAGUCUGAUGAUACUGAGGAUGAGGAAUGUACUCCAGGUGAGGUUUUGAAAAGUAACAGUAGGAAGCCAGUAAGAAAACGAGUUUUAAGGCCAAAAAAUAGGUCUAAGCUUUCAAAGGAAUUCAAAGAUGAAAAACACGCUUCAAAAAAAAGGAAAACAAUAAAGAAGUGGGUUUGGGGCAGGAGGAAGAAAGCAACUGUAACUGUGAAUUCUGACUCUGAUUUUGUGAGCUCAGAAUCAUCUGAUUAUGAAUACACGAUAUCAGAAGAAGAGAGAGAGCAGAUUAAAGAAGGUACUCGGUUCUGUAAAAGGUUGAAAACUGAUUUAAGAGGCUCUGGUUCUUUGAAAAUGAUGGAAGAGGAAAAGUUAGGGUCUUUAAAGGGAAAGUGCCCAGGAAGGAAGGGUAAACAAAAGGUGGUGGAUUUGAACAUUGAGAUCGGGAAGCAAGUUUGUGGGAUUUGUUUAUCUGAAGAGGGUAAAAGAACAGUCAAAGGAGUUUUAAAUUGUUGCAGUCACUACUUUUGUUUUGCUUGCAUCAUGGAGUGGUCGAAAGUUGAAUCUCGGUGCCCUCUCUGCAAGCAAAGGUUCACAACCAUCAGUAGAACUGCACGAACGGAUGGUGGGCAUGAUCUAAGGGAUGCAGUUUUUCCAGUUCCUGAGCGUGAUCAGGUUUAUCAGCCAUCUGAAGAAGAGCUUAGGGGCUAUCUUGAUCCAUACGAAAAUGUUCUUUGUACCGAGUGUUUACACGGUGGGGAUGAUGCGUUUAUGCUGCUUUGCGACCUCUGCGACUCACCUGCACAUACUUACUGUGUUGGUCUCGGGCGUGAGGUACCAGAUGGAAAUUGGUACUGUGAUGGCUGUAGACCAACAGUCCUUGCUUCCUCAAAUGCCCAAGGUCUGAAUUCUACUCCUGAUCAUGGACCAAUUAACAAUUUAUCAGUUGGCUCAUCACCUGGUUGUGCUGUCCGUGAAACUUUCGAUCUCAAUGAGGCAUAUGUACCUGACACCCCAUUGAGUCAAGUAAGUGGACACUCUCAAUCACCAAGAUAUUCAGUUGGGCAUCUUCAAACCACUUCGCCUGCCUCUGGGUCUGGGGCAUUCACUUUGCAUGACAGACGACGCAUACAGCGAGUGAUACACCGAUUUAUUAAUAGCAGAAGUCAACAGUCUGAAGGGAAUAAUGCUGCGGCCUCGGCCUCAGCCUCAGCCUCAGCAAUCAACCUUUUUGGUUCGCCAGUCGGUCAUGGAGUCAUAGCUACUCAAAACCCGAUUAUGCCAAGGAUGGCUCCACAAAAUAUCUUUCGUGGACGACUGGCUGACUAUACCACGUCUUCAUUGUACAAUAGGGAUGCAUUUUCUCCAAGAUUGAGCAAUUUGAGGGGCAAUGUACUUCAAAGUCUACCUUCUACGUCGAACAUUCACCCCUUUGGUGGACUAUCACAAAGUGAAUAUGCUGGGAUUAGUGCAAGAAUAAGCGGGGAUUUGGUUCAGCAGCAACUGCACCCUUGCAGUGCCACAUCAAACACUGGGGCUAAUGCUAGCACAUCGCCGUUUCAAUUUACAGAGGUGAGCACUGUGCCAUUCUUUUUAGUUGAAAACAAGGGUUAUGAUGACUCCAAAACAUUUUAAGAACAUAACGUGUUAUUCCAGAAGCACACCAUAUAGCUUAAACACAAUGGUUUUACUCAUCCCAAUCGAUGUUUUUCUACAGCUGUAUACCUACCGUCUGUUUUUGAAUGUAUUAUGUCGAGUUUGCAAAGAGUGUAGAAGCUUUACCUACUCUUCCAAAAUUGCUUUAUGCAGAAAAUUCUUGCCUAGAUUUGAUAUUUAAAUUCUCUUAGACUUUAACCACUCUACAGUGCUAGGGUAUAUUCUCAGCUCGCACCAUUAAGUCAUAACUUGAACCUUUUUGUAUUGAACAUGAGUAAUAUUCCAUUGGAAUAUUUACCGCACAUACACAUUUUUUAGUGAGGGGCAAACAAUCAGAGAAAAUGCAGACACGUUGGAUUAAAGGUAGAUCCUUAUCUUGGUCUCAUUGCUCUUUCAGGACUCGUCUCAAAAUUCUUAGAUGGGUGACUUGGCCUCCCUUAUUAGUAGGGAUUUACUUGAUUUUGUCCACACAAUAUUUACUGUGACUCAGGUAGAAUAGAUUGUUGCUCACAUUUGUAAUUUGUAUAUGUAUCCAAGAACAGGCCUUUGUACACUCCGCUAUUCAUUGACUUGUAUUUUUUCAAGCAGUUUUCUGAAUUUGAUCAACAUUUGAAUUGAA